AUGAAUAAUUCAAUGUCAAUUAAUGACGGCUUGCCAACUGAUUCAAAUCAAUUAAGAGACAGAUUGGUUAUUUUAGAACUAAAUAAUCAAAAAGUUUGGGUUAAAUUGGCAACACCGAUUGUCCAUGAUCAAAUUUUUAUGAAAGCUCAAGAAGUCUUCCCAUUGUUAAAAAAUUCAGUUUUUUUUUUCACUGACAUCAAUGAUGCCAGACUUGAUUAUAUUUUAGUGGAUUACAUCUUAGGAAAUCCACCAGGCGUGACACUAAAAAUUCAAACUUUCAACGACGACGUUGUUAUUUGUGAUAUUGAUCAUAAUAAUUUAUCUAAUCUGAACGUUCUGCAAAAUUAUACUUCUGAAAAAGUUACUACUACCCCGGAUCCUGAUAUUUCUUACGAUGAUGAUAAUGAUUCAUUGCAUAGUCCACCUGCCAAGAAAAAAAAUAUUGAAGAUCCUAAAGCAUUAAAGAAUUUUGAUAAAGAAAAACUCCGGAGACUGAUUUUAGCUACUGCAUAUGGUGAUGAUCUUAUGAAAGAGUAUGAUCAGAAUCAGUAUUUAUCAACUGCUAAUCGUCAAAAAAUCGUAAGGUUGAUUGUCAAGUAUCUUCUUGAUUAUAAGGACAAGAUCAAAAGAACGCUGUCCUCAAACGAUAAAGCAGAAUGUGCGGCUGCAGUGAUUGAGUUGUUUCCUAAUCUUCGAAACCCACACGGAAAGUUAGGAUAUGAACAUUUUUACGAUUCUACAUCUUCUUCGGGUUAUAUAGCAACGAGAUUAUCAAACAGUUCUAGAAAAAAACCAGGCUCCAAAUGUGUUAAAAGUAUAGAAGAUAAGUCAUCUGAUGCUGUCCUUCGUGAAGUUACUGAAACGCAGGCAGUAAAUGAGACAGUGGACGUUAAAGAUGCCAUAGAGUUUAUGAAAAGUGCUGUUCCUGACCAGAAAGAUGAUAUUAUUUUGAAAAUUCAGCUAACACAUGACAUCAGGCGAUUCUUGCACAUGAAUCAGAACUUUUUCACAGUAUAUCCUAGGUUUUUAGAUGUCCCUGAAUUAAUUGACGUUGAAUUUAAACUCCUCUUUCCUGAGAUAGCUUCUGACAUUUUUACAAAAACUUUUCCUAAAUACAUACUCGCCGCUUUAGAUAUAUAUGAAGUUGAAAAACAAGACAAAUCAAUAUUAGGUGUUUACACCAUUGAUGAAUUGGGAUCAAGUGACAAAUUCGCUAAUCUCUUUGACUCAGCUCGUGCCACCGACCGCAAAGGGGAAAAAAAUGCUAUUCGAGUGAAAACUAAGUUAAUAGUCGACAAGCUGAUUGUGCUUAGACCGUUUGGAACUCCACUACAAUUAAAAGAUAGUACAAAUUCUCCUCAGCCUAAAUUGCUUGCUGUAGGACCGAAUAAAAGUGCCAUUAGUCAAUAUCAUAUCAGUAUUGACAAUCAUUGUAUUUCUCUAAAAGUAAAGAGUAUUGUAGAAGCAAUUGAUGCACUAUUCAAGGCGCACUAUGUUUUCAAUGUAGAGUUUGACGUCGACUUGAAAAACUUUUGGAUUUUUAUGCAGCAUAAUUUUUAUGCUUUAUGUUACAAUUACGACAUAAAACAAUUCGGUAUCAGUCCUGUAUUAGAUGUAAUUGUUAAAGAUAUAAAAAUUCUAGAAUCAAAGGGAAUUUAUGUAGAUUCUUUGAAUUCGAUUGUGAAAGGUACAUUAGUAUCAUUAUCCUGUGAUAAUUUAGGCUGCGCUACAUUACUUGGUAUGAAUGAAUCGUUUUCUUCGAAUUAUUAUUGCCGAAUCUGUACAAUUUCAAAAACUGAUGCUCAGAAGACGUGUGAGGCUAAUGAUAAAAUUUUACGUACAUCUGAGAGCUUUAUUUAUUUAUCUAAAAGACUGAACUGCGCCAACAGUGAAACUUUGAAUUUUUUUGGGAUAAAAAAAUUUACUCCUCUUUGUGAACUUAACCAUUUUAAAAUUUGUGAAAACUAUAGUAUUGAUGUUAUGCACGAUUUCUUGGAGGGAAUUUGCCAACGAGAUUUGAAAUUAUUUUUUACUUUUCUAAUUGAAACACGUUUAAUUUCUCUAGAAGAAUUAAAUGAGCGAAUACAAGCUUUUGACUAUGGUUUGAAUAAUAGACCGAAUAUUCCGAGUGGUAUUAAAAUUAGCAAAACGUCAAAUAGUAUUGGACAACAUGCCGCACAAACUCUUUGCUUGAUUACUUUUCUACCAUUAAUUAUAAAAGAUACGAUUUUGAAAAUAAAACAAAAUGAUUAUGUUAAAUGGUACAUGAUAUUGUUACUAAUAAAAAUGCUGAAAAUUGCCUUAGCGCCUAAAAUUACCUUAGAAAUGUUGCAAGAUUUAGAAACAACGUUGGCUAGCGCGAGGGAUCUCUGCACACUAGGAGAGGGGCCUAAUGCUCCAGUGGUCGAUAAAGAAGAGUUUCUUAUCAAUCACUGUAGACUUAGCCCAGCUCCAACUGUACUAUCAUGGGUUUUCUCUGUGGUUUCCCCAUGGUUCUGUUCCAACAGCCUGAGAGGUGAGGUUCAGGGUGAAUACGGUACAGAAAGUACAAGUCGGGCCACAGCUGCAAUAUAG